AUGGACAUCGACACCAGGUGCCCCGUCUGCUGGAGAUUGGAUGAGGAUGGUGGUCACUGUUUUUUCAAGUGCAAAUUUGCAAAAGAAUGCUGGAGAGCCCUGAAUUUGGAGGAUGCAAGGCAGGUUCUCAGUGGACUGUCUUCUGCUAAACAAGUAACUGAACAUGUCCUAUCUAUGCCUGAGGAAAAGAAGUUGCUGAUCGUCGGCUUACUGUGGGCGUGGUGGGAUGCACAUAAUAAAGCUAAUGUGGGCGAGCAGAGGAGGUCAACUGAUGAAAUCAUCUACAGAGCACGUUCAGUAGUACAUCAGGAGGAGGAGGCAGUAACUGAAGGGGUACAGGCAAAUGCAAGAGGCCAUGCUCAGCGAUGGAUCUCGCCACCGCCGGACGUCUGGAAGAUUAAUGUGGAUGCCGCAUUCUGGGCUGAGGAACUGGCAGGAGCCUGGGGCUUUGUUGUCCGCGAUAAUGCAACGGCAGUCCUGGGCAGGUGCAGGGCGAUUGGCAGUGGUGCGCGACGCGCUGUGUCCUGA